AUGGAAAGGAAACAGAAGGUGGUGGUCGAGAGGCACGCCCAUGUGGCGCAGCGACAGUCACCCAACGUGGCAACCAACACCCCGUGCGGCUCGAUAGUCUUCCAUCGAUGCAUUCUCCGAAUCGGCGGCCGGGCAGCCCGUCGUGGCCCCAAGGGUGUCGAGCGCUUGGGCGCGGGCGAGAUCUUGCUCAACUCUGUUGACAGGGAUGGGUCGGGUGCUGGGUUUGAUUUGGACUUGGUCAAGCUCGUCAAGUGCGCCGUUGGGAUUCCGGUGGUGUCUGCUUCUGGAGCUGGCGGGCCGGGUGAUUUCGAGGAGGUGUUUAGGGAGACGGGGACGGAGGCUGCGUUGGCGGCUGGGAUCUUCCACAGGAAAGAGGUGGGGAUUGAUGAGGUUAAUAGCUUUUUGGAGGGGAGUAAGAUGGCGGUUAGGAACGUGAAGCCUUAA